CUAGUCCACAAAACCAGAGCCGCCUCUGUUUUGCGUGCUGAAAACACUCUGAAGUUCAUUGCUGACACUACACUUUUCUUCAGCUGUCUUUAUUAGCUUUCAACUUUCAUCAACUAUAGUUCUCUUUAUUUUCUAUCAUUCUCUGCGGAGUAUUUGUUAUGGAUUGCUACGAUGGUCAUGGCAUUCAUGAUUUUAUUCUUCCCAAAUAUGAAGAUUUAUUCAAUGCAUGUUCACCAGAGAAUUGGUCGAGAUGGGAAUUAAGUGCCCCUAAUGCAAGAGAGGUGGAACUCAGUUACAUUGAUAAAUAUUUCAUUGAAAAGAUUGAUCUCGGAGCUUCUCAGCAGGAUAGUUCAAGUGUAUGUGGACCACAACCUUCUCAACAAAUGGCAUUUUCGCACAACGAGCCUAAUUAUGAGCUUCAGGACCUAUCAAGUUUUGAACAGAUUGAUGACAUUUUUGUGGAUUCUCUAUUUGAAGGUCCUCCCUGUGUUGAAAACUCACAGAAGUCAUUUUUCUUGUGCCCUGAAAAAUGUUGCUGCAAUAUACCUGAUCAAUUGCAGAAAGAUUUUGAGGCUUCAACGUUUGUUCCAUGUGACUCAGAAUCUAAGGAUUGUCUCGAUGUAGAGGAACCUAUGUUCGAGGAGUUGGAUGCUUUCGAGUGGUGCAGUAGAGAUGAGACCAUGGAUGAGCAGUUCUCUCUUGAGGAAUCUAUACUUCAGAAUCUUGAGACAGUUAUUGUGCAGUUCAAUGAGAAGACACGGAUUUGUUUCCGAGAUGCUUUGAACCGUCUUGCCCGAAAUACAAAACAACAGGCUGCAGGAGAGAAUCAGAAUCAAGAUCUCUAUAUGGUAAAGGCAAUACCACAGGCAGUUCACGGUUUAACCGAGAGGUCUGAGGAAAAGGAACCAAUGGAAUCAGAGACAAACAUUGUUGAUAGAGCAGUUGCAAAUCUCUUGUUCAACAAGAUGGACCUUAAUUUACAACAUGUUUUCUUACAACAGUCUACUAGAGACGAGAAAUAGCUGUAAAUAAAGGUCUUUGGGGGAAGUUGCUAAUAAAGAAACUCGAAUCCGGGGCACAAAUUUCGCCAUCCCGAGCCGCAGAUGUUACAAGGGUAUGAUGCCAAGGUUCCAAGCAAUGAAAUCACAUUGAAUAUGCGCCUAUCUUGUAAAUAAAUGUCAUUCAUGCUAAAGGUUUGAUUAGGUAUUGUUAUUGUGAGCUUCCUAGUAGUAGCUGAAUAAACAAGAAAAAAGAAAUUCUAAAUUUCUAAAUUCUGAAUCCUUUAUAGUGUUAAUUUGAGAUUCCCAGUAGCAGCUGUAUCAAUAGCUCAAUUUUCUGCUUGGGAAUGGGAUGUAUUGAGUGAAUUGAUUAUUGAUUAUUGAUUAACUAGCUAUAGCAACAUAGGGUCAUGAUUCUCAGAUUAAAACCUUGUGUAUUGUUCUACUAUUCUCCAUGUUGAAUAUUA